AUGGAAAGUUGUAGAAUGUAUGGUCUUGAAUUUAACUCCUUCAUCGAAUUUGAUAAUUAUGAAGGAGGGGUAAAAUUAACUAAACGGCUACAUAUAAAAAAUACCACUAAAAAUAUUAUACGAUUUCGAUUUUUAUUUCAGAGUAGUACAUAUUUUACUUAUCCAGUGCAAGAAAUAGAAAAUAUUAGUCCAGGGUUAAAUAAAAGUUAUUUAAUAAGUUUUUUAAAUCCAUUGAAUGAUUUACAAACUAUAUGUGAAAUAUUAAAUAUUUUAAUAGAUGAUAAAACAAAAGAUAAAAAAAUAUCCAUACAGCUUAAAGCUACUCCUUUAAAAUGUGAUGUAAUUAUUCCAUCAAUAUUAAAUUUAAAUGAGAUGGUAAUUAAACAAAAAACUAUAGAAGACUUUGUCAUAAAAAACCAAGGGGCAUUGAAUGCAAUCAUUAAAUUAUCACAUAAAAGUUUAUCUAAAGAAAAAAAAUUGAAAAUAAAAUUUGAUCCAUCUCAAUUUAUUCUAAAAGCUAAUGAAAAAAAAUCUAUAAAAAUAAUUAUAUAUUCUGAAGUUCCACAAAAAUAUAAUGAAUUUAUUUCUACGUCUAUUAUUGAAAUACCCAAACAUAUAGAAAAAAAUAUAUUCCAAAAAGAAGAAAUAAAAAAUAAUGACGCAAAAGAUAUAAAUAAAAAAAAAGAAAAAUUAGAAACAUACAAAAACGAUGAUUAUAAAAAAAACAAUUUUAUGAAUACAACAAUAAAUCCAAAUGAAAAUGAAGAAGCUAAAAAUGUAAAUGACAUAAUACAUUUAUUAAAUGAAGAAAAUGUUAACGUUUGUUUAAUUAAAAAAAAAACAGAGAUAAAUUUUUUGUCUGUACUUCCACAAAUUAAUAUCCUAUUUGAAAAUAACAAAGAAGUAUUUAAUAAAAGUAUUUUAAAUUUUGGAAAAAUAACACUAGGACAAAAAGUUAAGAAAAAAAUAUUUUUACAAAAUCUUACUAAUUCUCCAAUUAAAAUUAUAGCUAGAAAACAAAAAGAAAAAAAUAUAUUCAUAUUAUUGAAUGAAAAAAUUUUCCUCAAAGAAAAGGCCAAGGAAGAAAUAAUCAUAAGUAUUGAUAGUUCAAACCCAGUAAAUCAAUACACAGAAAUAAUUCAGUUUAUAGCAUGUAAUGAUUAUUGCGUGGAAUUGUUUUUAAUAUGUGAAAUUGUAAACAUAAAAUUAUUUUUUUCAAAAACAUUAUAUCUAUUUGAAAAUGUUAAAAUAGGAGAUAAUAUAAAUGAAAAAGUUACGAUAAGGAAUGAUGAAAAUGCAGAUUUGGAUGUUGAUGUUAUAAAUACAGGGAACUUUAUAAAUAUAAAAAAUAAAAAAUUUACUAUAAAGAAAAAUAGUUUCCAUUCUCUUAAUUUAAUAUGUAAUUGUAUUUAUCCAAUAAAUAUUUAUAAAAGAAUAUAUUUCUUGGUUCAUUUAAAUAAACAAAUAUUUUAUAUAGAUAUUAUUUGUAAUUUCUCAAUAAAUUAUAAAAUGUGUCCACUUUCUAUUAACCAUAUAUAUAGAUAUAAGCAUCUUAUACAUGAUAAAGAAACAAUAUAUACCUCUUAUUAUGAAAAAAAUGAUUAUAUUGAUAUAUGGGACUUCCCAGUGGAAUUUGAUACUUAUGAGGACACUCCAUAUGAUUUAUUGAAUGAAAUAAUGGAAAUAAAUCAAAAAGAUAUAUUUAUAGUUCCUAAGGAGCUAGAAGUCUUAGAAUUUGAGGAAAAGGAUAUUAUGAUUAUGAACAAAACACCAAUUGAAUAUACAUGUGUAUGGACAAAUGGUUUAAAUAACAAUAAAAAGGAACAUAACAUUUUUGAAGUAACACCUGUUGAAUCACAACUAUUACCUUUUAGUUAUCAAACAUUUAAAGUUAAAAAUAUAAAAGUGCUUAAAGAGAAAUAUACACGAGAAAUUUAUGAAUGUAUUGUUUUUCCAUCAAAUAACAAAGAUUAUAGAAAAUGUAAUAGUAAAACAUUAUUACCACCUUUAUUUUUAUAUGUUACUUUUUUUCAAUUUAAGAUAAAAUACUUAUGUGAGACAGAUAAUGUAAUGAACAGUUUGCUUUUUUCACCCAAACAUAUUUUCUUUUUAAAUAUGAUUGAAGAAGAAAAUAAUUAUACUAUUUCUAAGUUUCAGAACAAUACAGAUAUUACACAAAUUAUUGAUUUUACCCAAUUUAAAAAUGAUGUUGAAAGUAUAAGAAUUUAUCCGUUGAUAAAUUAUGUACCCAAAAAUAGUUUUUUAAAUGUAAUUAUUUUUUAUUCUCCACAAAAAAAAAAUCUAGUUGAAUCAGAAAUAAAAGUUGCUUAUUUAAUAAAUGGAAUUGAAAAAAAUUAUAUAUCAGUUUUUGUUUCUCACGAGAUGAAUAAUGUAAUGUUGAACAAAGGAGAAUUGGACAUUAAUUUACCUUGUGUAAGUACCGAAACGGAAAGCAUUAAAAAAGUACCAAUAGAAAAUAUGACUGAGAGAAAUGUUUUAUGUUUUCUAAUUAAAAAAGAAGUUGAUGAUAUAGUUAAUAUACAUAUAGAAGGAAAAAAACAUUUCAAUGAACAACAAGAAGAACAAACUGAUAAUAAUAUAAAGGAAGAAUUAUAUAAAGAGGACAUUUUAAAUAAUAUAGAAAAUCAAUGGGAAAAUAAUCAAUUGACAUCUUUUAAAGAAGGCAAAAAAAUAUAUAAUUUCUAUUAUUUUUCUUUGUUACCUUUUGAAAGGAAAAAUUUACAUAUAUAUGCUUAUAGUAAUACGUAUGUUAAGAAAUCCAUACCUUUAUUUUUUACAUAUUUAUUAUAUAUAAAUAAUAUAGAUAUGAAGAACAAAAUAAUAUAUUUAAAUGAAAACCUGAAAGAUCAUAUUAAAAGUUGUAAAAAAUUUAAUAUUAACGUUGAUAUAAUAAAAUGUUGUCUUAAAAUGUAUCCUAAAAUAAUUGAAAGUAGCCCAAUUACAUCUGGAACACGAUUUAAUGCAAAGGUGAGGAUACAAAAUGAACAUCCUGUUAAGAUAAAUUACAGGACCAAAACUAAAAUUUAUCAAAUAGACGAUGUCAAAUUUUUAGAUGAAGAAGAAACUAAAGAAGCUGAAAAAUAUAUAAUAACUGAAAAUACAGAAGAUAUGAUAAAUUCGUGUUCUGCUAAAUAUUUUUAUAUUGGUUUUAAUACUAAUAAGAAAGGUCGUUUUGUUUACAGAUUUUUUGUCAUCGUAGGAGAAAAUGAGAAUUAUAUUGAUAUAAUUGUAAAUGUUGUUAUUCCCUAUUUUCAAAUUAUUGAUAUUAAUGAUUUUAAAACACCAACGUCAAUAUACUGGAACAUGACUUCUAUUGAUAAAAUUAAUACGUACUUAAAAGAUAAUAUUUCCAAUAUAGACAUGGAAUAUAAACAAAACCAAGGGAUAGAAAACAUGAAGAAAUUAUUUAAUAACUUUAAUUAUAUAGAUUUUAAUAUAGGAAAUAAUACCUUAAAUGAAAUUACAGCCGUAAAUUUAAUUUUAUAUAACCCUCUUGAUAUAUCGCUAUACGUUGAAAUAAAUACUAUAAAAUCUUAUAUUCUUCCUAUAUUACCACCUUAUGUUAAAACACACGAAGAUGAGAUAGCUCACAUUUUAUAUGUUGAUAAUACAUUUAAUAAUUUUAUGAGAUGUUUAGAUAGCUGUGAAAUAUCCCCUACCAAGUUCACAAUAAAAGAAAAGGGGACAAAAACAAUUACAUUAUUUUAUAAACAUAAAUAUAUUGGUUUUCACAAUAUGCCAUUAAUAAUUGAUAUUGAAAAUGGAAAAGUAGUUCCUUUGAAUUUAUGUGCACUUACAUUCCAUCCAAAUAUUCCUCCUAUAUAUUUAAUGAAUGUUAAAGAAUUGAAUGAACACAUUCUGGGAAUAAAUAACGAAUGCAUAUUAAAUAUAGAUAUGUUAAACGAUAGUGAAGUAGAUAUAUAUUAUGAUAUAGAAAAAAAUAACAAUUUUAUGGUUUUAAACCCUAAAGGAAUAAUAAAAAGAAAAAAAUAUCUUUCUGUUUUUAUUUUGCUUUCCAAAUUAUCUCCAUCUAUAAUUAAUGACACCUUGAUAAUGAAUUCUUAUUUUAAACAUUUACAAAAAAAUAUAGAACUAAAAAAAAUAGAAAUUGCACUAACGUUAAAUACAACAUUAGAUAAUAUAUAUAAGGAUCAGUACAAAAAAAUUAAUCUCUUUAAUAAUAAGUGUAUUAACGAUAUUCCUGAUCAAAACAUAAAAACAUUCUGUUCCAAUUUUAUUCCACCAUAUUCUUAUAUAUAUGUUAAAAAUAAACUGUUUUACAUUUCCCCUAGCUCUAUAAAUAUUUUAUAUGCCCCCACAAAUUCCUUAAUAGAAAGAAUUGUUAUAAUUAAAAAUUAUUCAUCUGUAAAGGAUUUAAAGUUUAAAGUUUCAAAUAAAAAUACUCUUCCUGGGAGUAUAUUAAAAAUUGAUCCCAACAAAGGAAUUGUUAAAAAAGAAGAACAAAUAGUAUUGAGAUUUACUUUCAUUUUAAACGAUGUACUAAUAGAUAUUGAGGGCAACAUUCAAAUAGAGCUAAAGUUUAUAGAAACAGAAAUCGUUGAAAUGAAGGAAAAUGAACAAGUUAAAUACGAUACAUAUGAUGUUAUAGAAACGAACAUUGAAGAAGUAUAUGAAGAUACAAGAGAUAAAAUAGAAAACACUCAGAAUAAAGUUUUAUCCUUACCUGAAAGAAAAAAAAAGAAACGAUUUGAUGAUUUAACCUUUUCACACGCUCAGAAAAUAUUUGACAACAUUCAAAAGUUUAAAUACACCUAUGACAAUAUGAAUACAGAUAUGCUUCAGAAAGCCAUAAGACGCUUAUAUGGAGUAAAAAAUGACGAUAUAAUAGAAAAAGAAAAUUUCAAAGAACAAGAAAAACACGAUAUCCAGAAUAUGUCUAAGUUCUAUUUUUAUAUUCAUGUAAAGUUAUUCACAUGCAAUGUUGAUAAUUUGAAAAAUAAAAAAAAAACGUUUGAAAAUUUAAUUGAAACUAAUAUUUACUCAAAAUCGUUGUAUUUUAAAAAAUAUAUUAAUUUACCUAUUCCGUUUGAAGAAAGAUCAACAAGUUUUUUUAAAAGGCAUUAUCUUGAUUUUGAUAAAUUGGAAAAGUUAAAUAUGGAGGAUGAAAAAAAUAAGGAUAUUCCAAUCAAUGAAAAAUUUAUUUAUCAAAAAAAAGAUAUAUAUUGUUGUAUGUUUGCUGAAAUGUUUAAAAGCAUAAUUAGAAAUCAUAUAAAAAAAUACAUUACAUAUCUCUUAAAAAUAAAUACAUGUUCAAUACAACCGUUUGAAAAUAUAUUGAAGGACGAUCUAAUCGAUAUAAUAACAAGAAAUAAAAAUUUGGAUUCAAAUCUUCCAGUGGAAUAUGAUUAUACAUUUUUGAAUCCUACGAUUAUAUCUCAUUUUUUUUCACACAUGUUCACAGAUAUUAUUGAUAACAUUAUGAAAGAAAAAAUUAAUUUUAAAAAAAGGGAUGAUUAA